AUGCUUGAGAGAAAUCCAAAGCAAUGGCAUGAGAAGUUAUCAGAAACUCUGUGGGCAUAUAGGACUUCAAAAAGAGAAGCAACUGGCAUGACUCCAUAUGCUCUAACCUAUGGCCAUGACGCGAUUCUGCCUAUGGAGAUAGCAUUCCAGUCUUUCAAAAUUGCUCAUCAACACAAUCUAGUUGGGGAAGACUACUCUCAAGCCAUGCUACUAGAACUGAAAGGAUUAGAUACAAGUAGGGUUGACACCCUCAACAAACUCUUAGCAGGAAAACAGGCUGUGUCAAGAGCCUACAACAAAAUAGUAAAAAACAAGAGUUUUGAAGAAGGAUAA